AUGCUACGAACAAGAUUUAAUCUGCUUCGACAAUCAAUAGUAACUCCAAUUAUUUAUCAUCGUGAACAAAUCUCAUCUGAUCAUUCAAUUUUUUCAGACGACACUCUAAAUCAUCUAUUUUCAAAUCAGUCAUCAUUAGUUGUGGGCAAAGUUGUUCGUGAUCACUACGAGAAACUUCUUCAAGAGAAAUCUCGUACAUAUGAAUUUGUUGAAGAACUUUAUCGUACUGUUCUCGAUGAAAAACAACAAAUGAAGAGAGAAUUAAUGUACCUGAAAGGAAUUCUUCAUAGUCGAGGUGUUAUGGAAGAAUUUCGAGGUUACUUACAUGGACUUCUUCAACCAAGAACAAGUACACCAAUGUCUACCAAAAAACUUUAUAUGAAAAUGCUCGAACUUGGUACCGAUCCAUCAAAAAAUACGUCUAUUGUUACACCAUUAGUUGAAGAUUUAUUCGUAUGUUUUGGCGGUGAGCUACAGAAUUUAUCCACCAACGAUAGAGAAAUGAUGUUCAAUACAAUUCCUCAUGAAUUGGAUCAUCUCUACAAUUGUUUGUCUGAAUCGAUUCACGCGGUUAAAAUCGGUCGACAUGACCGUGAUUUUGUUAUUUGCACGUAAAAAAUCAUUUCGUAGAAAAUCUUCAAUAUUUAUCUCUGUAUUUAUAGAGACAAUUUAACUGCGAAGCAGGUGUGUUUAAUUCAAUCAAUUGCAAAACACUAUCUGCUACUAGAGCCACAUGAGAUUCGUGUGAUGAAGUAUCAAGAAACAAAAAACCAAAUGAAUUAACCCAUCGAUUUUCCAAUUGUUUGAUAUUAAUGGAUCACCUUCUAUUGUUAUUAAACCUAUAAAAAAUGCGCUUUUUUUAUAGAGCUAAAAAAACAUCGAUGGGUGUGUUAUUGUAAUGUUUUUGUGAUAAAUGUUUGUAAGAAUAAACUUCCCAAAAAAAUUUCAUCUUUAUAAGAUCUGUUGUCUUAGCUUUAUACACAAAUAAUAAUAUUGUUUUUCCACAGCGAAAAAAUUUCCAGAGAUGUGAACUUUUCUGAGUCGCUCUCAUGGAAGGAGUCGUUUUGAAUGAGUGAGUUACGAUAGUUCAAUCUUCGAUGAUACUACUAUUAUUUCGAUUUUUUUUGAAUGAUAAAGUAGUGCUCGAAAUAUGAUUGUAGACAGUAAGGCUAUUUGUUCAUUGUUUCUUCACAAAAAUGCUUGAUUUUGGUUGGCAACUACCAUUUAUCCUGGUGCUUUCUCAAAACAGAUGAUAUCUACUCAUAGGGAAUAUACAAAAACCUAUAAAAAAUAUUUGAAUGAAUGAGUUUGAUUGUGAUUAUGUUCAAGAAAUCUUCUGCUUAACUAUGACUACUAAACAGGUCCCUUUUUAGCUGGACAGGCUGUGUGAGAUAUUCUAAAGAUGGCUUAUAGGGAGUCUCAUAUAUCUGUACAUAAUCAAAAAUAUCUGUUAGACAAAGGUUAGUGCAUAAAUCAAAAUCAAAUUUGUAAUAGCAUGUGAAAUUUAUUAAGCUGGAAAUCAGAUACACAAUAAAAAUCUAAGAUAUAAAGCAUAGAUUGAGGACUACCAUAGUAUUAAAAUGAUACAUAUAUAUGAAUGAUCUAUAGUAGAUGAAGAAAAAGAGAACACAUCAUCAUAGACUAUGAAUCAAAUCUAAUUUUGAAGUGAAAAUUUUGAUCGAUUAGAUUAUAGAAAUAAGUAAAUACACCUACUACAAUAUCAUUGUGUUGGCACUGUGCAGUAUCUAACUAUUAAAAAUAAUACUUUUUCUUAAGAUUAAUUCAAUAGAAAAAAUAAUAAUAACUCACAGUAUUUAUAUGAUUUUCUUCUUCAUUAAAACGAUAAUUAUCAUUUUUGACGCUUACCUUAAUACGACGAAAGAGAAUUUAAAAAAAAGCAAAGCUUAACAUGAAAAGAGAAUGGUUGCAGCUUACUGAACGUAUGUCACACGAAAAAAAUGAUUUACAGAAAAAUAAAUAAAUAAAAAUAUAACAAGAAAACCAUAAAUAAAAAUAUGCAAAAUUCUAAACAAACAAGUAACGCUCGUCGCCGCCACUCGCUUAACCCUCGACUGAAUAUAGUCUACUCAUUAUCCAUCGUUUCCUCAUCGAAUUCUAUAUUGAUAAUUAUCGUCGAACAAACACACGUAUUCUAAAAUCUAUACGCUAUUCAAAGAGUUGGUCUUUUUUACAAGAGGAUCGUCUAUAAGAAUAAUGUAUAAGUUUUUUGUAUACGUGUAUUCGUUAAGUGAUAGUUCUGAAUAUAUAAUUUCAU